AUGUCUUGGGCUCCACCACACGGCGGCCCUCCGCCUGGUCAAGGCCAACCACCACCGUUCCAACAAUGGGGAGCCCUCCCAGUGCGACCGCCAGCAAUGGCUCCGAUGCCCCCAGCAAUGGCUCCGGGCGGCCCACCACUCCCUCCAGGCCCCGGCCAACAGCCUCAGCCACAGUGGAUCGCGCACACGAACAGCGCAGGAAAGACAUACUACUACAAUCCCGCGACGCGAGAGAGUGUGUGGGAGAAGCCGGAUGUGCUGAAGACGCCGCUGGAGAAAGCGUUGUCGUCGACGGGGUGGAAAGAAUACACGUCUGCGGAUAACGGGAAGAAGUAUUACCACAAUCCUAAAACGAACGUCACGACAUGGGAGAUACCAGAUGAUAUCAAAGCCAUUCUUGACGCUGAGAAACUAGCGGACACACCAGCGACUGCAACGAAUGAGCCGUCCGAGGCGAACGUGAUAGCCGUCUACAAGAAGGAUGUCGAACGCCCGCAGCUGCCGCAACAACCACCGCCUAGUCAACAUAUGGACAACCGUAAUAAAAACCUGAAUGUCAACGUGAACUUCAACACGCGGGAAGAGGCGGAGGCAGCUUUCAAGGGGCUUUUGGCUGAAACGGGAGUAACGCACCACUGGACAUGGGAACAGACCAUGCGCGAAGUCAUCGACCAGCCCAUGUACCGCGCCCUUAAAACCCUCGCCGAGCGCCGCUCCGCCUUUGACCAAUACGUCCACGAGAAACGCAAAGAGGAAGCCGACGCCCGCAAAGCCAAAUACGACCAAGACCGCGUGAACCUCCGCACCCUCUUUUCCGAGCGACACGACGAGAUCGGGCCCCGGACGCGGUAUAGGAAAGCCAUCGCCCUGCUCGGCGACGACGAGAUCUUCCAGGCGGUCGAGGACCCGGACCGCGAGGCGAUAUUCCACGAGUACGUUGAAGAUUUGAAAACGAAGGAGAAGGAUGCGAUCAGGGAAACGCGGAAGGAGAAUGUGGGCAAGUUUGAGCGGAUCCUGCAACGGCUCACUGCCGAGGGACUCGUGACGAUCGAAACGACGUGGGAGCAGGCGCAGGCGCUGUACAAAGCGCAACCGGAGUACAGGGCCGAUCGCAAACUGCAAGCGAUGGAACCGAUCGAUUUUCUCCUCACUUUCGAGUCCCACAUCAACGCCCUCGUCUCCAAAUAUCGCGCAAAGAUCGAUGGCGAACAGAGGGCGAAACGGCGAGACGCGCGUAAAGCCCGGGACGCGUUCCGGGCGCUGUUGGCUGAGUUGAAGGAGAAUGGAACGAUUAAUGCAAAGACGCAGUGGUUGCAUGUCUACCCCGUCGUGAAAGACGACCCCCGGUUCGUUGCGCUGCUGGCCCAGCCUGGAUCCACCCCGCUGGAUCUCUUUGGAGACCUGGUGGUGGAACUUGUGGAUGAGUUUAGGAGGGAAAGGCGGAUUGUGGAGGAUUUGCUUAAGUCGUCAACAAAGGAGAUCCGCGCCGACACAACCUUCGAAGACUUCUCGCAGCUCGUCCUCUCCCUAGACGAGACCCAUUCCGUGAACAUCAAACCUACCACCAUCCAUUUCGUUUACGAGGAGACGAUGGAACGAGCAACAGCCCUGGAAAAAGAAGCUGCCCGCAAAGCCGAAAAGAAACUCCGCAGGAAAAAAGAUGACCUCAAAUACGAUUUGAAGCAUCUCGUGCCGGCUGUCGGGGUUGAUGAAGCGUGGGAGGCGGUUAAGGAACGGAUACGUGAAAGCUCGGCGUACGAGGCGUUGGAGGAAGCGCAGCGGGUUGAAGUUUUCCAGAAGUUUAUUGCGCGGUUGAAGGAAAAAUCCGACCGCAAGAAACCCGCGACGGACGACGACGAAGAAGGGUCUAUCCGCGAUUCGGAAGCGGUGGACCGGAAACGGAAACGAUCGUCGAAACACGAUAAAAUCUCGUCGCGCGAUAGGGAGCGUGAGCGUGAGCGUGGGGGUGGGGGUGAGAGGGACAGAGAGCGGGAUCGUGGCGGCGACCGUGACAGGGAUCGGGAUCGCGAUCGUGGUGGUGAGCGGGACCGUGACCGAGACCGGGACAGCCGCAGCAGAAAGCACCGACGGCACCGGUCGCCGUCUCUCACCGACAACGAUGGGGCCGGCGGGGAGAGGGCGAGGUAUAAACGCCGUCGGUCGCGGUCGGUUGAGGGCGGUGUGAAAGGACAUUAUGAGAAUGGGAAUGGGAAUGGGAAUGGAGGUGUGGAAGUUGGGGCGGGGGGGAGUGUUGCGGAUGAUAGCGCUGAGGAGGGGGAGUUGCGGUGA